GAAACCCUCUCAGAGAUCAAAUAUGUAAUAACUACUCAUUCCGGACAAGAUAAUAACCGAGGAUUUCAUUCGCUACAGCCUAUCGCUAGCAACUUCAGACUGACAAUCAUAACUUUGGUUUUGUUAAGUAUCAGCCAAACUCUAUUUUCUGAAAUAUGGAUCGUCGCCAAUAUAGACCCCGACACAUGGAUCCUCAACGUCACUCUGAUAGUUCAAGGUUUAGUAAAAACAAGGAUUCCACUGGAAGAGAGAACUCUGCAACACUCAGCACUUACAGACGAUUAUAUGACAGAGCCCCGCCCGUGUUUACACCGCGUUUAGAAGUAGGAUGUUUUUCGUUGGAUAGCGGGUACAAUUUUCACAACGAUCGAAGUCAGCUCCGUUACUAUGUUGACCCUGGCAGUAAUCCUGCUUUCAACUUAAAGGACGGUUACCGUGACCGCUACAUAAGAAAAGAUCAGAACAAGAAAGAGAAACUUGACAACAUUUUGAGGUGGAUUUUGGCCAACAGGUUUGACAUUCAGCAAGCAGGAUCUUCAUCUAGCUGUGCACUAGGUGUGGACUUCGUUACAUGGCGUGGACAUUUAACCAAGCUGUUGACCACACCAUAUGAGACUUAGGAGGGCUGGCUUUUGGCUGUUUCACAACUCGCUGGCACUCUGUAUAUCAGUGAGGUGGAGACAGAGGCAGCCAAAGUAGACCGUGAGACCCGCACGGAGCGACAAGACGAGAUGAUGUACUGGGGUUUUAAAUUUGAGCAGUACACUUGUGCAAAUGACACACACAGUCGUCCUGAUCCUGCUGGAGUGGUCAACACAAACGAGGCGUUCUGCACGGUCGUCCAGACUCGACUGGCGGAACAUAAACUCCUGUUCUCUGGGGAGGUGGACUGCCGAGAUAAAGACCCAAAAGCCCCCCCACCUCCUGCCUGCUAUGUAGAGCUCAAAACCUCAGCCGAAAUCCGCACUCCUAAACAAGGGAGCAAUUUCCACAGGUACAAGCUUCUAAAAUGGUGGGCUCAGUCUUUCCUGCCUGGAGUUCCACGAAUCAUCGCUGGAUUCCGAAACAGUGAUGGAAUUGUGGUAUCCGUGGAGACCUUCCAGACCUCCAAAAUAUCAGAUCUUAUCAAGAGUGAACAGAACUGUUGGAAGCCAGCGGUUUGCAUGAACUUCUGCAGUGAUUUUCUGUCCUUUGUGAAAGAGAUUGUGACAGAGGACGAUCCAAGGGUGGUGUACCUGUUUGCAUUGGAGCCUCGCAGAGACGUGACCUACUCCAUCCACAGAGACUCUCAGUACUCAUUCCUGCCUGACUGGUAUGUGAAGGAGAUUACCAAGUGUCCAGGGCCAUAGGAACACCAGCCAUAAUCCCCUUCAUUCAGUUUAGGACACUGAACAUGUUUUAUAUCAGAGCAUAUUAUCCAAUACUGUAGUUGUCUGUGUGCUAUUGACUAUAUAUGAAGAUGAAGAAAAAAGUACUAACUGAGAUGAAAAUAUAUUUUAAUAAUUUUACAGACCAAUUAAUUUGUCAUAGGUGAAGAAGGCUUAGUAAAAAAAAAGAGAACAGAUGCAAUGAAACACUUGUGUGAUUCUUUUAAAAGCAUUGUUAUGAACUAUUAAUGUCAUCUUAGUUUACAGUUUACUAAUUUACAAUGUCUUUUCCUGAAAAUAAGUUUGAAUGUUAUGAAGAAUUAUGUCCGGAAAACUGAAUUUCAAGCAAUAAAUAAGCUUUUGUUGAGAGAAACAUUGAUCAAGA